AUGUCAGAUCAACCAGAAACCAAACAGGAAGGCGAGAAGUUGAGUUUUGAUGAAGAAUUUAGAAGGGCUGAAGAGAGAGCACCGAAAAGACCUAGAGAAGACGAGGAGGAGGAGUCAGAGAAUGGUAACAAUGUGGAAGAAGACGAGGAGCGAGACGAAGAUAACGACGAUGAAGGAGAAGAAGAAGAAGAAGAUGAUGAUGAUGAGGAGAACGAACCAAGUAGAAAAAGAAAGAAAAAGAGAGGUGCAAAUCAGUUUUUCGAUAUUGAAGCCGAGGUUGAUGAAGAAGAGGACGAAGCAGACGAGGAUGACGAAGAAGCAGAAAUGUUGAGACAAGAAUUCAUCACCGAUGAUCAUGCAGGUGAUGACCGAGAUGAAAUCAAUAGGGACGAUAGGAUGCACAGGCAGUUUGAUCGUCGUCGUCAAGAGGCAGAAGACCAAGAUGCAGAACAGUUGGCUGAAACUUUAAAGCAAAGAUAUAGAAAGUCACAUGUUGCAUACAGAGGUGAUACAGCAGCGGGUGGAACAGUAUCGCAAAAGUUGUUGAUGCCAUCGAUCAAUGAUCCAUCUAUUUAUGCUAUAAGGUGUACCCCAGGUAAGGAAAAAGAGUUGGUUAGAAAGCUUUACGAUAAAAAGAGGACGUUGGAGAGACGAAAGAUGCCAUUAGAUAUCUUGACUGUUUUUCAACGAGAUUCAUUUAAAGGAUAUAUCUACAUCGAAGCAAAGAGAUCUGAUGCAAUUGAUAAGGCAUUGCAAGGGAUGGUGAAUGUUUUUUUAAAGGAUAAACUUUUGGUCUCUGUUAAAGAGUAUCCUGAUUUACUUAAACAAGUCAAGUCAUCUGAUAUUGAAAUAGUACCAGGAAUUUACGUGAGAAUCACUCGAGGCAAAUAUAAGGGCGACCUUGCUAUUGUCGAAAAUUUGUCAGAGAACGGGUUGGAUGUUUUGUGCAAGGUUGUGCCAAGACUCGAUUAUGGCAAGAAUGAUGAGUUUACAGAAGACGGAAAAAGGAUAAAACUGACUAUCAGGCCACCACCAAGAUUAUUCAAUGCACAGGAUGCAAAAAUGUAUGAUCCUUCUAAUCUACAACAGAGAAGUCUGAGGAGAUAUACCUACAAGGGAGAUGAUUACGAAGAUGGUUUCUUGUACAAGGACUUCAAAUUGCAGUACAUCCAAACUAAAGAUGUUCACCCAACUUUGGCAGAGCUUGAUUUAUUCCAAACCGGGAAGGAUAGUGAUGGUAUUGAUCUUGCUAAGAUAGCUGCAUCUUUAAAGAAUAAAAAAUUGAACGAUGGCAAACAGUCUACAGCAUUUCAGCCAGGUGACAAAGUUGAAGUUCGUCGUGGUGAACAGGCAAAGACGGUAGGUCUUGUUGUCGAAACUGCAUUAAAUGAAAUCAAAAUAACAGUGACAGAUAGUGGUGAUCCAAAAUUCGUUAAUCAGAAGUUAACAGUACCGGCAAAUGAUUUGAGAAAGAUUUUUAAUGAGGGUGAUCACGUCAGGAUUGUAGAGGGUAAACAUUUUGACGAGACAGGGUUGGUUAUCAAAAUUGACGGGGAUUCAGUCAUUUUGGUUAGUGAUCAAACGAAAGAAGAUGUUAGAGUGUUUGCCAAUUUCUUGGUCAAGGCAACUGACGCAUCUUCAAAUGUGGACAACAAGAAUUUCAAGUACGAUAUUAAGGACUUGGUUGAAUUAAGUGCCUCUACAGUCGGGGUAAUUGUAAAAGCGGAAAAAAACAUUUACGAAAUACUCACAACAGAUGGAAGAUUGAUAAAUGUCAAGCCAACGGCCAUUGCGUCAAAGGUUACUCAAACUCGUCGUGAGCAAAUUGCUACUGACAAAAAUGGUUUUACAAUCAGGGUGGGUGAUACCGUUAAGGAAUCAGUUGGUGACAAGGGCAGAGAAGGAGCAAUAUUGCAUAUUUACAAGAAUGCAUUAUUUAUCAAAUCCAAUGAAAUUAUAGAAAACUUGGGUAUUUUUGUCACAAAUCGAAUGAAUGUUAGCACUAUUGCCACCAAAGAUUCGAUGAUUUCCAAGAGCCUUGGCCCCGAUCUAACCAGCAUGAAUCCAAACUUGAAACUCCCCGAUCAGCUUGCAAUACAGGGUUUGAAGACUCGUGUGCAUGGUCGAGAUAAGUUGUUAUAUAAAGACGUCGCCAUCAAAAGUGGAAGUUACAAAGGAUUGAAAGGAAAGGUGGUUGAAGCGGACGACGUGUAUGCUAGAAUCGAGUUGCAUACAAAGAGCAAAAAGGUCAAGGUACUUAAAAAGAAUUUGAAUGUGUUGAUCAAAGGGGAGGUAAUUCCUUACUUGCGAUUUAUUGGUGCGGCACCAGAGGAGGUAGCAGCAACUUACACUCAACCCGUGGCCAAUCCUGCGUUUAGCAGCGGAGGAGAGAGGUCUGUUUGGAGUGGGGGUGCGACACCUGCAGUUGGUGCUGCUGGAGGUGCUUCCACAUGGAAUAGAAGCGGUGGCGCCUCUACUUGGAAUAGUGGAAGAGCAGGCGGUGCAUCGUCGUGGGGUGGUAGUGCAUCUUCUUGGAACAAUACUGAUAGUGCAUCUGCUUGGAAUGCUGGAGGUGGAGGUGGAGGUGGUGCUUCUGCUUGGGGUAGCGCCAAAGGGAAUGGGUCGACUUGGGGUGGCAAUAAAGGAGGCAGUUCCUCAUGGGGUGGUUCUAAAGGCGCCAAUGGAGGAGGCUCAGCUUGGGGUGGUGGCUCUACCUGGGGAAAGAAGGGUAAUAAUAGUAGCUGGGGAAGUCGAUAA